UUCGCUCUGCUCAACUUUUGCUUACUUUCUGCUUUCCAUGGUGACUUGGUAAGGCUAGGCUGUUUAAAUGCUAAAAUCUGAAAAGAGAGCAGCCAACCAUGAUUACUAUUUGUUCCGUGUUCCGUUCCGUAUUACUAUUUGUGAAUCGUUGUCACAAACAAUUUCCUUCAUCAACCCAAACCGCGAAAUACAUGUUCAUAUCUUCUCUACCACAAACUCAGCAUCACAUUUUCGUGUCGGGAACACUUCUACCCACUUUGAUUAACACGGCAUUGAGUUGUUUGGUCCUUAAAUCAAGCUCCUGUUCAUAAAUGGGAAUAUAAAGUACGAGGUAAUUUUUCAGACGCCAUUUUCUCAACAUGAGCAUAUUGUAUAUAAUGCCUUAUGAAAUGUUGAUGUCGAAAUAUCUGAAAUUGAGUAAUACUGCUACCAAUCAUUGGGUACUUUUUAACCGUGCACAUUGUCUCAUGUCAAAACGACAGCAAAUCAGUUCACAAAUGCGCCUUUUUCACAAGCGAGCAAUUUGAAUUUCUUUUGCGAUUGAAAAUUUCAGUUUCAUGGAGUUCGUGAAUGGACUUUUGACCCCAAUUACAACGGAAAAGGAAUCUACCGAAAAAAACAGCGGUACUGAACGUGUGGCAACGAUUUCACCAAAUGGCAUUGGUACUAUCAGCGAUCGUUCAAUAUUAUCGGAUUCGCAUUGGGAGUUCAUGGAUCAGAUAAAAAUGUCUUCGAAGCAACGGAAGCGAUCAGAAAGUGAUGUAUGUGUACAAGAGUCCCUUCGGAAUCGGCUCCUGGGGCGACCUGUAUUAACCGAUACUGACGAGCGGCCGUACAAAUGCGAGAUAUGUGGCAAAGGAUUCGUUCAGAAGUGUCUGCUUAAGCGACAUAUGUUAACUCACACUGGCGAGUGGCUGCACGAAUGCGAUAUUUGUGGCAAAUCAUAUGAGCGGAGUAGUUUGAAUAGGCACAGAAAAAUUCAUAGCAAUGAACGAUCGCAUAAGUGCUUGAUAUGUGACAAAGGCUUCAUUCAGAAGAAUCACCUGCACCAACAUGUGAUAACACACACUGGCGAGCGGCCGUUUAAAUGUGAUAUAUGUGGAAAAUCAUUUAACCGUCCGAGUAACUUAACUUUGCACAGAAAGCUGCAUAGUAAUGAACGACCUCAUAAAUGCGAGAUAUGUGGCAAAGAUUUCCUUCAUAAAUAUCAGCUUGAGCAGCAUAUGCUGACUCACAGUGGCGAUGGGCUGCAUAAAUGUGAUAUAUGUGGAAAAUCAUUUAACCAUCAGAGAAACUUAACUUUGCACAGAAAGCGGCAUAGUAAUGAACGACCUCAUAAAUGCGAGAUAUGUGGCAAAGAUUUCCUUCAGAAAUAUCUGCUUGAACAACAUAUGUUAAUUCACACUGGCGAGUGGCUGCACAAAUGCGAUAUUUGUGGCAAAUCAUUUUAUGAGCAGGGUAGUUUGAAAAUCCACAGAAAAAUUCAUAGCAAUGAACGAACGCAUAAGUGCGUGAUAUGUGGCAAAGGAUUCAUUCAGAAGAAUCACCUGCACCAACAUGUGAUAACACACACUGGCGAGCGGCCGUUUGAAUGUGAUAUAUGUGGAAAAUCAUUUAACCGUCAGAGUAACUUAACUUUGCACAGAAAGCUGCACAGUAAUGAACGACCUCAUAAAUGCGAGAUAUGUGGCAAAUCAUUUUAUGAGCGGAGUAGUUUGAAAAUCCACAGAAAAAUUCAUAGCAAUGAACGAACGCAUAAGUGCGUGAUAUGUGGCAAAGGAUUCAUUCAGAAGAAUCACCUGCACCAACAUGUGAUAACACACACUGGCGAGCGACCGUUUAAAUGUGAUAUAUGUGGAAAAUCAUUUAACCGUCAGAGUAACUUAACUUUGCACAGAAAGCUGCAUAGUAAUGAACGACCUCAUAAAUGCGAGAUAUGUGGCAAAGAUUUCCUUCAUAAAUAUCUGCUUGAGCAGCAUAUUCUGACUCACACUGGCGAUGGGCUGCACAAAUGCGAUAUUUGUGGCAAAUCAUAUGAGCGGAGUAGUUUGAAAGAUCACAGAAAAAUUCAUAGCAAUGAACGAUCGCAUAAGUGCGUGAUAUGUGGCAAAGGAUUCAUUCAGAAGAAUCACCUGAACAACCAUGUGAUAACACACACUGGCGAGCGGCCGUUUAAAUGUGAUAUAUGUGGAAAAUCAUUUAACCGUCAGUGUAUCUUAACUUUGCACAAAAAGAGGCACAGUAAUGAAUGACCGCAUGAAUGCGAGAUAUGUUGCAAAGGAUUCAUUCAGAAGUGUCACUUGGACCGACAUGUAAUAACUCACACUGGCGAGUGGCCGUGCAAAUGUGAUAUAUGUGGUAAAUCAUUUAAGGUGAAGUUUUUUGAACAGGCACAAACAUAUUCACAUUAACGGUCACAUAAUGGAGAGUUAUGUGGCAAAGAAUCCCUUCUGAAAUGACAUUUCUUAAUCCAAACUGGCGAGCGACAUGUACACGCAGCGAAAUUUCAAAUGCUUAAACCAUCAA